UCUGAGCUAUUUGAUUCCCUCUCAAUUUCCUCCGCUUCAGUGUCCCUGAACUCUCCCAUUUGCCGAGUUGCCGUAGAAAUCGGCAGUGUCUCAGAAUCUCAGUAAACCAACAUAAGAAGGAAACAAAAUCCAAAAUGAAUUAAAAGAAAAGAAAAAAGGAGAAAGAAAAACCAUUUCUUCACCUUCAAUGCUUGGCUCUGAAAAUCCUAGAUGACCUCCAGAACCUCCGGUCUACUGUGGUGAAAACUGGCUUUAAGUUUUUACUAUCAAAUUGUUUGGUCCUCCUGAUCAUACUUUCUGUACAGCUUCAAAGAAGAUCUAGAACCCAGACAGAAAGAAGCAAUCUUGAUGUUUUGAAGUGAAUGAGGAUGUCAAAGGACUCGCUAGAUUUGGCUGAAAAACAAGUGUCAAGGCAGAUAACAUAUGAGCCACACACAGCCCAAAAAAAUAAUGCGCUUGAGGCUCCUGCACUGGCCUCUGGUUCAGUAUCCAUUUCAAGCAACCAAAACAGAAGAGUUACGCGUGAAGAUAUUGAAGUUGUCCGCAACUUAAUUGAAAGGUGCUUGCAGUUGUAUAUGAACAGAGGUGAGGUCAUAAACACCCUUUUGUGUCAUGCAAGAAUUGAACCUGGCUUUACCACCUUGGUAUGGCAAAAGUUGGAAGAAGAAAAUGCAGACUUUUUCAAGGCUUACUACUCAAGGCUUAAGCUGAAACAACAAAUUGGUUCGUUCAAUUAUUUACUUGAGAAACAGAACCAGCUUAUGAUGUUCUCAGCAACUCAAAAGGUUCCAUCGGCUCCUAUGCAGAACGAGAUUCAUCACAUGCCUGUCAACAAUCAACCUCUGGGGUACCCAAUACUGCAGCAGCCUCCAAUCCCAUCUAUGGGUCAACUCCCAAGUACUUAUGUGGGCAAUAUGCCUAGCGGUCAUAUGGUACAUGGAAUCCCUGCACCCGACAAUUUCAACCCUAUGCAAGUAGCUUCUGAGAAAAAUGUGUUGAUGGACAGAGGUGCAGUUGAUACAGUACCUGUCAUUCCUACUUGUCCUAUGAUGAGGUUGGAGAAUUCUUCAAGUUCUGCAUCAUUGGCAUACAGUGGCCAAUUUCCUUUCACCCCAUCAGAGUUGUCAGGACUGAGCAUGGAGGCAUCAAGGCCUGACUCUGCAUUUAAACCUUCUGAAGACUUGCAGCUUGGACCUGAUGGUGAAACUGGACAGCUUAAGGAACUUUUUCAAUCAUCAAUUCAGAAUCCUUGUAAUUUUAGCAUCCCAAGUCUAACUGUGGACUGGUCAAACUGGCGAGAACUUGAAGAACUGGGAGACCUUUCUAGCUCUCCCCUUUUGACUUCUGAUGCAGAUGCAUUUCUUGAUUCUUUAGGGAGAAAAGACUUUAUAGUUCAGGAUUGCCUUGCGGAUGCUGUCCCUGGUGCAGGCUUUCAUCGAGAGGAACAAAAACCUUAGCUAAAAGCCAAGUCUUCGGACAUUUGAGCCUUUGAGUAAGGAUUAGAUAGGGUAAUAAUACUAGAACUCUUUCCUAUUUUGCAGAUAUAAAGCUUCUGGCUGGUGAAUCAACGUAAAUUUCGGA